UCGGCCAUCAAAAGAAAGAUGACUAGUGCUAAGGCACUAGGGGUGUCGUGCCUCCUGGUCGUCCUCGCCAUCUCUCCUUCCCCGGCACAGGCAUACCAGGUUCUGGACCUGAAAGCGAAAGUGUUGCACAAAUGCAUGAUGUACAUCGAGAAAACAGGUGAGCUGAUGCCUCAACGCUCGUCUCCCUGCUGUGACAAAGUGAGGAAAGCAGACGUCCAGGACAUCUGCAACAAACUUACAACUGCCGAGAAGGCGCGAAUCAAAAUCGAGAAGUGGGUUCAGGUCACAAGGAAAUGUGAGAAUCCAUUGCCCGUGGGGUUCAACUGCGCAGGUUACGUUGUUCCAGAGCCACCCUCGCCGCCGCUGCCACCUCCACCACGGAGCGCCUACUAGUUAAGCACUUGUUGGAGAGCUAGCAGGCUCAUUCGAGAAAUAUUUCGCAGCGUGUGUAAAUCCUGCAACUCAAAUUCCCUGCAAACACCCAAACUACUCCCAUAAUUUGGUUGACCCAGAUGUCCGGUGUUGUAAUAAAGAGUAACGAAGCCGAAACUUAUCUUUUGCAACCUUAUUCAAUGUAUAUGAUAAGAAUGACAACUCAUAGCUGCGAAGAUACUGAGAAUAACAAAUUCCAACCGCAA